ACCGCAUUCUUAAAUUUCCGGCUUUUUACUAAAAUUUAGAAUAUUGAUGAUGUUGGUAUCUUAAGGAUAUGAUAGUAUUAUUAAUCUGUAUAUAUACUCCAAAAACCGAAAGCAAAGCCGUCUCGUUUUCUAUCUUCAACCAAACCCACGAGCUUCGUUGAGUUCUUAUCUGAAAAAGUUAUCUCCUUUCGCCCGGGAAAAUGGCAAAGAGUUACUUCAAGCAAGAGCAUGAUCUUGAGAAGAGACGAGCAGAGGCUGCCAGGAUUAGGGAGAAAUAUCCUGAUAGGAUUCCGGUUAUCGUGGAGAAGGCGGAGAGAAGUGAUAUCCCAAGCAUCGACAAGAAAAAAUACCUUGUUCCGGCUGACCUGACAGUUGGGCAAUUUGUCUAUGUCAUUCGCAAAAGGAUUAAACUGAGUGCAGAAAAGGCAAUCUUUGUAUUUGUGGAUAAUGUUCUUCCACCAACAGGUGCAAUUAUGUCUGCUAUAUACGAGGAGAAGAAGGAUGAAGAUGGGUUUCUCUAUGUUACUUACAGCGGCGAAAACACAUUUGGGCAUUAGAAUCUACUGUUGAUAUUUAAGUUGCGUUUUUUCUUCAAGGUUUCGCCAUAUUUCAUAUGCUUCUUGUCGUCCAUGCAGGAUGAAUUACAAGAGCCUAGCAUAAGUGUAUAUAUAAUAUGUACAGCUUGAAACCCCAAACCAGUCGCAUUUUAAAAUUUCAUGCUGCUCGCUUUGGACGAUCA